CGCUGGCUCUCUCAUUCUCGAAAAAAACCUACCGAAGGUAACUCUGUGGUUUGAACGGCAACCGAAAUCCAACGGCCAGCGACUUUCCCAGCAAAGCUACAAGAAGCAGUUUGCACAAAUUAAUUAAAUAGCCAGUUUGCAAAAACUCUGUGUUGAUCUUCGACUCGUGUUUUGCGCUGAUCAAAACCCAAAAUCUAAACGUGCUUUCGCGCUUCGCUUUUGAAAAGUAAAUCCAACAGUAAAUCAAAAUGGCUGAUGUGGCUGAGCAAAAGAAUGAGACCCCCGUCGUCGAGAAGGUCGCAGCCGAGGAGGUCGAUGCUGUGAAGAAGGAUGCCGUUGCCGCCGAGGAGGCAGCAGCUGAGAAGCCAUCCACCACAGAGAACGGUGCCGCCGAAGAGGAGGGCGCCAAGGAGAACGGAGCAGCCGCCGAUAGCGCUGCCCCCGCCGAUGCCGUCGAUGGUGAGAAGGCCGAGGCUGCCCCUGCUGCCGAAGAGAAGGAGGAGGCUGCUGAGGAGGCCAAGAAGGACAGCAGCGAGGCCGCUCCUGCUGUUGAGAACGGUGCCGAGGAAGCAUCCAACGGUGACUCAACAGAUGCCCCCGCCGCUGAAGCCGUGAAGCGGAAGGUGGAUGAGGCCGCCGCCAAGGCUGAUGAGGCCGUUGCCACGCCGGAGAAGAAGGCGAAGCUGGACGAGGCCAGCACAAAGGAUGAGGUGCAAAACGGUGCCGAGGCCAGCGAAGUGGCUGCCUAAGGUAUAUGCCCGGCUCAGCAGCACACUCAGUACUCUACAUAUAAAAUACUUACUAACACAAACAAAAAAAAAACCAACAAAAGAAAAUCACACAAAAUAAGGUUCAGAACCCAACAGCAGCGUGCAGCUUUCCAGGUUGCGGGCAUGUCUGUGUGGGGAUGGGCGGGCGCAAUUAUGUCUAAAUAACAAUCCUGAAAUGGGAGCGUAGUCUCAAAGCGUACCCAUUACCGAUUCUCUCUGUCUCUCUACUAACAAACAAACAACCAACCAACAACAAAAAAAAAAAACAAAAAAACAAGAAACAACAAAAUCCAUUAUCAUUUAAAACCUUACUUAAAAACUUAACUUUAAAGAAAGUAUAUGUAAAGCAAAAGAUUAAGUGAAAAAAACAAGCGAAAGUAAGAUGCGAGACCCUCUAUGUUUUAAGAUAAAAAGUUGUAAACAAAAAGCGUCAAAUUUAAUAAUUGUAAUAAAAAUACGAAGCGAUGAAAAAAAAAUUGCAAACAAAAUCCCUAAAUAAGCAAAACAAUAAGAAAGUAAACGACAAAAAACGAGAAAACACUGCAUUAUGCAUUUUUUUUUUCUUGUCAACUUGACGAAUAAUUUUUAAUUUAAAAAAACUUUGAUCCUAUAAUGUGUAUGAGUAUUUAUAUAUAUAUAUUUACCAAGCAAAACUUUAGAAUCGGCACAAUAUAACAAAAAUGCUGCCAACAACACCACAGAUCAGUUUUUGUUAGCUGACAACAAAGCAAAUCAUCAUACCACAUAGAAACAAUAAAAACAAAAACUAUAAGAAA